AAAACAUGAGUGUAUCCGAAAGCAAAAUGCCAUGGAAUCGCGGUACUGCAGUGCCUCAGUUGGUGCUCCGUGCUCAGUUUCGUGCUACCAAUUGACGAGAUUGGUGGGUUUUACCAUCUGUGUCUUUAUUUCGGAGUAUUUUGUCCACACUGAAUAGUACUUUAUUGAAUUGAAGAGACACCCAGAGAGAGUUCAUUGUACAUAUACAAAAAAUCAUCACAUGAGACAUUGCAAGACGGAGUCUCUUUGAUUGUUUUUCUGAGCGAUUUAUUAAUGCUACAGCUGUGCUAGUAGGAUUGUAGAUGUGAUUUUCAUUCAUUAAAAGUGAUACUUGCACCAUUUUCCCCCCUUGAAACACACCAUUGUAUAGUUGUAUAAAGCUUAGGUCUCCCCUAAAUAAUACAAAAGUGUCUUUCUUCCGCAUCCCUCGUUUUAUUUUAUACCUCUUCCGCCUAUCGUGUAAAAGUGUGAUAGAAAUUCCUAGAUGUUGCAAGGGUGAAGUGGCAUAAAACAGUGCACAAUAAAAGAAGUGUAUAAAAAAUUUAGAGACAGAGAGAACAACAAUAGUCAUGCAAUUUACGCGAGAUUUAAUUUGGACUGUGUAUUUUGGUUGAAAUGUCGAGAGAUUUUCUCAAUGAUUGUGAGUUGAAAAUAAUUGUAAUGGAGUGUGGUCAUGCUGAGAAUACGUGAAAUACUUUGGAGGAUUUGGAAUUUGUGUAAUAGAUAGUUUCGGGCACAAUUUUCGUCACCACGGAGAUACUUCCCCAUCAGAUUUUCAAUAGAGGAAUUUUGAAUAUUUUACAACGUGUGCAAUGGCCCAGGCUGAAUCGAGACAGAUACUUCGAACAGAUGGGGGAAUAGAUGAUGUGGAGAAAUCGCUGGAACUGCUCGAUAAGGUGUUAUCGGAGUUUGAAGAGCCAGAAUCUUUGCCUCCACCAGUUGAGCCUGAGAGUCCUUCGCAGGGCCAUCAAUCUGAAGACGAUGGCUACAUGAGUAUGAAUGGUCGACGGGCAAAAUUCUCCCCCGGCUUCCAGCCGACAGAUGAAGGACUUCCACAUGGCACAAAUUCGAAUAAUGAACGACCACCGCCACCCGAGGAAGCCGAACGUAUCAUCUCGGACAUUUUGCCCAGAAUCUCGCCAACAACUAGUCCACUUUCGAAUCAAACCAAGGAGCAACUUGAUGGUAUCUUUGCACGAAUGAGAAAAAUUGAAAAGACGCCAACGGACACGGAAAUUGGUGAAAAGGCGGCAACAACACGAAUUGAAAGCGGAAAUCAUGCGCAGCAGACUACAUUGCCAAAAGCACGUCCUGUGACUGUGGCAGCGAGUCGCUACGGAAGCUUACCAAAUUCUAGUCCACCCCGUGAGUUUGGGGCGAGUCGAACAAAGGACCAAGCAGCAGAGGCAUUUGCAGACAUGUGUGGUGAUGGCAAGACUAUUUUGGGCAUUGGAAUAAGUGCGGUGCACGAUGCCGUCUUGCGUGGCGUCGGCGUGGGAAAGAUACCAGAGCCAAUUGUGAAUGAGCAUCCUGUUACGAUUUAUCCGGGACGUGCUUCUUCGCCGCGUCGUGUAGCAUCACGCAAUGCAUCAUCGUCGGUGGAGAGACAUCGCGACAUUCGCAAGAAUUCAUCCCAUUUGGAGUACGAUCAACAGGAUUCGGCGACAUCGGCAUCGUCGGCGUCAUCGGAUGAGAGCAAUCAUCUCAGUCCCCCUAUGGCGAUUAUAAGCAAUUCUCCGUCCGCGCAGCAAUUGCUGCAGCAGCAGGAGCUCCUCUCCAAGUCACCGCCAUCCUCAAUCAUAAUGCAGAAGAAUAUCAACAAUUUGAAUCGUAUCAAAGUACGACAUGGCCAUCAUAAGAAUAAUUCCAUCAAUUUCGAUGGCACAGUCGGCACAGCGACACGUACGAGUGACAGCGAUGAUUUCUCUGAUGACUCCCUCGAGGAGACAUCACUGCCGCCGCCGCCACCGCCUCCGGUCGUGCCACCGCCGCCAACGCUCUCGGCGCCGGUGACGCCGAGCAAGAGGGGCAGCAUUGCAUGGGAGAUUAAUUUGGACGAUUCUGUUAGUGGAACGGAUGAGCCUCCCAAGGUGGCCCAGUCGCACGAGUCCAUCAAUGCAAAGUUCUCAGGACGACGUCCAAAGCGAAGUACUUCGGGUUCACAAUCUAGUCUGGCAUCAACUCCUGGUCAUAGUGGUACAAGCAAUAAACGAACUGGAUCUGCUGAAUGGCCAGAUCCACCUGAGGCACCAAUUUGUAGUACAGAAGAUGAGGCGGCGUCUAUUUAUUCGGAUUCUGAUGAGGUCAUUCCAUAUCCCACGAGCUUCCUCGGGCAAGGGACGUACGUUAUUCGCAAGGGCAGAAAGCAGCGUCAACGAGUGCCGAAUAUGGAGGCGGUGUCAUCAGUUAACACAAGUAGAUAUGGACGAGAGGGCGGCGGGAGUAUUGAGUUACCGAGUCCUGUGUUUCCAGUCUCUAUGCUCAUUCCCAAUUCGAGGCAUAGCAUAGAUUUGGGAUCUCCUCCGCCGCCACCUCCGCCCAUUAUGAAUUCACUCUGUUCACCAAGAUCACGUUUAUCACUAGACUUAAGUUCACCUACCUCAGAGCUUCCCGCAUCGGCAUCUGUCACGAAUAACAGCACUGUAAUCUCACCACGAUAUUCUGAAUUCAAAACAUACAGUUCCACAUUCGAUGGACUUCAGGCACUUGAUGCAAGCAAUAGCGGACAAGCGGCUUCUACUGGCUAUAGCAAUGGAUAUUCUCUAACUCGUGUGGCAUCGUUACCAGCAAUUACACCACCACAUUCGGGUGGAGAAAAUCUCUCAACCCCACGUCGCGAGCUCGCGCCACCCAUCGAAGAAGAUGAGGAGCAGGACAGUGAAUCUCAGCGUGGUGCCCCAUUGCGUCAGAUUGAGAAUAAUAUCAGUGCAUUGCUGCGCGGUGACAUUCCGGUGGCCCGUGUGGCGGAUAUUCCAAUGAUUCGGCGACCUCUGGGCUUUCGGCCUGGUGUGCACAAGUCGGAGAGUGCCAAAGAGAUGCUCCUAUCGCAGUCGGUGUUCGGGCCGCUGCCGCCAUCGCCACCAAGUUCUAGUCCUGAGAUGGAGAGUGACGGUUUCCCGCCAUUGCCGCCGUCUCCGCGCCACGCGGAGUCAAAGGAUGAGUAUCUCGACAUGAAGCGCACACCGCGGCUGCCGCCAAAGCACGAUAGCUACUAUCAGGAGGACGAGGAGCAGCCGCCGGCGGUGCCGCCGCAUCGUGGACCAUCACUGAACACCCUCAAGACACGAUCGAUGGACGCGGGCUUCAGCAAGUCCUAUCGCAAUGGCACUUUCGCCCCCACCUCACCGCAUGGCCCAGGCACCCUUCCGUCUGAGCUGGCGGGCGGCGUGGGCGGGUGUGGCGGCAAUGGAAUUGGCUCACGGCGACGCUUCAUGUCGGGUGCAUUUCCCAAAAGGUUGUCCGGACAGAGUCCGCGCGAGGAGCGCCGCCUUCAGACAUCGUGCAGUUUGCCAGAAACACCCAUUUUCGCCAGAGGGUGUGAUAUUCCACGGACACCACAUCGUCGGGCGCCUGAAUUGCCGAAUUCUGGAACAGGAAGCAGAACAGCUCCGCGUUCUGGGAAUAAUUCCGCCCAUUCUGCAUCAAUGAACGCCUCUAUUGUGGGAAUUGGAAAUCCAGUUAGCAGUCGCCAGAGGAAUAUCAAUCACGUGCUGGCGAGUGGUGAGAUGCUGCGCCUCGCCGGCGGUCCGGCCCGUGGAUGGUAUCCGAAGCAGAGACACCGACCGGCGUCCACGGAGAAUCUGGAUCGGCUGCACCAACAGGCGCAGGGCUUCAGAGCAUGGGACGCUGGUACGAGUAGCCGCAAACCGCUCACUCUGCCGCCAAACCUCACACCCAAAUUUUUCAACAAGUCGCCACGUGAAGCUUUGCGACGCGUCACUAGUUUACUCAUUCGCAAAGGCAACAAUUCUAAAGAAGCGAAACGUGAUAGUCAACGAGAACGCGAUUUACACUUGACACAGUCGCAUUAUAAUCCUUCUGGUGCAUUAGCCGAAGAAGCCCCGAAGAAUCCGACAACACAGAAGAAGAAGGGGUUCUUCAAGAGUUUCUGGAAGAAGUCAAAGCACUACUCAUUGGAACAAUAAUUUUCCCGCUUCUCAUGCGCCUUUUGGCACCGUCGUGAGGCCGACGAGGACGAUGAUGAUGAUGAUGGUGAGGGAGUCAGUGAAGUGGACGUGAGGCAGGCAAAAGGGAUGAAAAGGAUGGAAAUGUAAUUAUUAGAAUUUACACACAUAGAAUUUUUCCACAUUUUGCUGUUAGUCUUGUACGGAGAAAUGAUAAAAGAUGGGUAAGACGACAUUCAAUGGGCAAGUUGAGUAUAUAGAGAAAAAGGUGUGAUUAACACAACACAUUCGUGCAAUUGUCAGUUGGUUUUUAUUUUUUCAACGUUGUUUUACAUUUGCGAUAUUCUUCAGAUUUAUAUUUUCAUAUUAAUCAUUCUGUGCCAUGUUUGAUUUUACAAGAAAUUUCUAUUAAAAUUCUCUCUUACAUUUUCAUCACAUUGUUUUCAUAUAUAAUGCAAUUUUUAAUAACGUGAUUUUGAAACAGAUGAUAAACUUUUUCAUGAACUGCCAUUGGAAUAGGAUAACAUUAAUAUCAAGUAAAGGAAAGUCACAGAUUAGAAUCUCUAAAAGUAUUUUAGAAAACCCUUCCAAAGAAACAAGAAUCAUGAAAUGAAAGAAUUUCGCACAAAAUGUGCUGAUAAGAUAAAUUUAAACGUAAAGAAAAAAAUUUUGUAAUGGCCUAGCAAACUCAACAUUAAGAAGGGAAAAAAAAUGCGAGGAAAAAAACUCACGUAAUAUUAAACUUAUAUAAAUGAUAAAACAAAUAUUUGUACAUAGAAAGUAUCAGCAAUUUGUUAGAAGGAAACUCCAUUUUUUCUAUCAUGUCCCUUUUCUCUCUCUCUCAUAAAUCUGACAGUGAAGCGAAAGACAGAGAGAGAGAGGGAGAAAAAAAGGACUUUUCGCAAUUCAAACUUUUCAAAGAAAUAACAUUAGUAUUCUCUCUUUGUCCUGAAGACUAAAGAAAAAAAAAUCAUUGACGAGGCGAAGGAGAAGAAAUCACUGAUAGCAUAACAAUAAUAAAAUAUUUUUAUAGAAUAAUAUAGAGGAGAUACAAGAUGGAGAAGAACGGAAGUAUUACAUGAUGAAACGAUAUACAAAGAAAUAGGAAAAAAAACGCAUCAAAUUUUUUGUUGUUGUCUCCUGAUUAAUCACGCGCAGCAAAACAAUAAGUCACAGAUAAAACGUAAAACGCAUAAGGAGCCAUUUUGGGAAGGAGAAGUGUUCUAUUUUCUAGUGUUACUGAAGAAACAGCGAAGAUGAAACAAAUAUUGCAGAGUUGUGAAAAGCACAAAUUUUCCGUUUACAAUCCCUGAUCCAAUUUCCCCAAAGCGAAUUUCUUUCAAGUUUGCUGUGCACUUGAGAGGCACACAAACACAAGAUGAGUUACAACUUUGCAUAAAUAACUCUCUGAAUUAUUGCUAAAUGAAUGUGAGUUACAUUGAGGUCGGUUAGAGAGAUGUGAAUUGAAAAGAAGGAGAAGAAGAUGUCCUAUUUAUAUCCAAUUUAUGUGUUUCCAUUCAUUCACCCACUGAACGAGACUUUGUUUACAUGUGUUUUUUAUCGUUUCUAAUCAUCCUUUCAGCGGUUUAGCAAUUAAAAAUAUCAUAGAGGAGAUUUCAGGCCAUAAGAAGGAAUAAAUAAUGAGCACAAGUAAUGAUGAUGAAUGUGUGGACACAAUUGAGUAGGAAAGUUACUUUUGUUAACAAUGAAUGUCAUGAACAAGAAAGUGCCCCAAACACACACUCACACACACGCGCAACAUGUAUUACAAUUACUAGUAUUUAAAGUUUAAAUUAAAGGGAUGAUCACGUGAAUGAAUCCUUUUUGAAGAAAAAUGUGUGUUUAGAAAAGGGAUAUGGAGUGAGGCUAGAGAAAUUUGACUCCUGACAAGAAGUAAGAGAUGAGAAGAAAAGAAGUGAAGAAAAAACCACUCAAAGACUAUUUCAAUACUCAAAUUUACCUUUAUAUGAAAAAAGAGAGAGAAAGAUGAUAAAACGACGAGAAGAAUCUCUGGCAGGAGAUUAAAAAAUAUACCACAUGAAGAAAAAAAAGCGCACGCCACAUUUGUAGAGUUGACAUCAAUAAAAGGAAACUCAUGGAUUAACCGGAAGAGUUUUACACCAGAGUUUUGUGAAGAAUUCUUGCAGAAAACUUUCUCAACGCCCAUAUUUUCUUCGAUUUAUCAGCAGAGUUUCGCGCCGGGAAAGUUUGUCUGUGCAUUUUUAUGCAAGAAGCGCAGUCAACAGAAGAUUUUUCUGAGUGGAGUUUCCGACUGGAUGAACAUAUGGUGUGGAUUCUUCGCUGACGAGACGAAUAUGAAUGACUUUGCAGACGAGCAACUCGACUGUUUGUUUUUUGUCCAGAAGCAGAUGAUUAUGCGCAAUCGCGAGAAUCAUGUACAUAUUGUGGCACUUUGUCUGCUCGAAAAUUUGCAUGUGCGGUUUUCAUUGAGAAAACUCAGCUGAAUUUGCGAGAAAACACAAAGGAAAACUUCAGGAGUCACUGCAAUUCUGCAUUUGUAGACAAAAAUAUCGAUUUACAAGUGUGUAAAUUCGCUUUUAAAUAUUCUUUCAUUCGUUGCUUGACAAUUGAGGAUAAUUCUUUUGCUGUGUUGUUAAUAUCAUCAGAGUAAAUCAACAUGUAUUUUUUUGUCCUUGUGAGACUGCUAAAGACUCUAAAUAUUGGUUUUGAGAGGUUAUCAGCUUCUUUAAUCACACAAGAUUAGAUGAGUUUAACCUCGUAAAACCAAAUAUUUGACCGUUCUGAUCACAUAAUCAAUCCUAUAGCAAGAUUCUACUGAAUUUUUUUUACUUUUAAAUCCUUGAUUUCAGUCUCAAUAUAUUUAGGAGUGUUAGAAAACCUAUAAUUUCAUAUUUGUGCAUAAAAAGUCUUGAAUUUAUGCCGAGAAAGGUGUUAAUUUUAUAGGAAACCAGCUUGAUUUGAAGGUAAAUUUGAAAACUUAGGUUUAUGACAAUCGAAAAGGAUUUGAAAUUACGUAGAUUUAGACUAAUUUCAAGACCUUUUAGAAACUCAUUUCUUGAUUCAAUAAAAUAUGAUUUUUCUGAGUGCAGUCAUAAACACAGAAAUAUGCUAUCUAAUACUAUCAGAUGGGGUGAUAAUUGAGCUCUGUUUAUCCCUAUAAAAACGCGUGAACGCAAUAUGGUUCUGGAACCUGGGUUUUGGUCUAUCAACUCAAAUUCCUCACACUUUUCCAACGCAAAUAAACACACGCGUCUAAUGAGGUCACACAUUCCCCAAUUAGACACUCUCACCUUGGAAUCUCCGAAGAUCUCUUAGGCAAUCUCACCUCUUAAAAUAGAAUCGCGCGCGAUCGACUUUCCCAGGUCAGUGCUUUCGCCUCUCCAGAAGUUUUGCUCUCUAUUAUUUCUCCGCAGGUGUCAUAAAGUGACGCUCGUGGAAUCAACUGAGGAGCAUAUCGAGCUGGAGAAAGUGAUGUUGAGCCAUCAAUCAUGCGACUUUUCAAGCGCAUCGACGCACAAGCGCGCUAAGCUUAGGCACAACACGAGGUUUUAUCACACAAGAAAUGGUUGUUAAUUGGACGGAAAAAAGUGAGAAAAAUGCGCAGUGCUUUUAAUGAGACACACGGAGUUAUAAUACAAAUUUAUUAUUCAAUGAUUUUUGUGUUUUUUUUUCUUCUUUUGUAUAGACAUUCCUUGCAAAGAAUAAUUACAAGCUAUAGUCCUAGAUUUAUAUUUUACUCCUUUUCAUUAUAUGCAAUAUUCUCAAGUAUGUUGUAAUUAUUUUUAGGAUAAGAACAAAUCAAUAAAGAGAUGAGACAAAGUGGGAAAUAAAGUGAAAUGAAAACUAUUCACGUGUUGUUUUCUUUUCUUAGAUUUGAGCAAUUAUAUCGUGUAAAGUUGAUUUGUUUUUCUCGUUUUUUUUUAAAUAUGGAUUAAACUCCUCCCGGAAAAGCCACAAUAAACAUUGACCAUUGGAGAGCACAAAAAGCUGGAAGCAUGAUUGGAAAGUAAGUGAAAAUCAUCGAUUUAUCGUCUUUAAUUUGCAUAUCUGUGUUGCUUUUACAAAUUUCCAUGUUAAUUUUACAUGCAUAAAUAUCUCAAUUUUUUCUGCAUUAUAAUUUUUCAGAUGAGAACUCUGAUUUUUUUUUCUUUUAUUUUUAAAUGCCACUUUUCUUCACUGCAAACAUUUUUUUUCUCAUUUCAUUUUUUUUUAAUUCGAAAGAUGAUUUUUCAUUUUAUGCGUUACAUUUUCUCUUGCAUUAUUUUUUUUCUUAUUUUUGGGACUAGCAAUUGGGAGGAAAAAUGUGUUAUUUAAUAUAUAUAUUUUUUGUAUGGAUUUUACACAACAUCAUGUAAAAAAUUACGAAAUUUUUUCACCUCUUCUCUCAAAACCACUAGCUUACAUGUUAUUACACUCACUUUUAUUAUUUGUUUUCUUUUUCUUCUUUAAUAAAAAUUGUUACUUUAAUUAUUUGCCAGUAUCAAAGUCGUUAUUUUCAACUAUUUCAUUAUCCAUUAAUUACUAUUGUGUUGUUUUUCCUCAAUCUUUCAUGUUGUAUUGUUCUUGAUAUAUGUUUAUAUUAUUUAUUCAUAAUUUCUUAGUGUUGUUUUUUUUUUCUUCAUCCUUCUUUUAUGCUUUACUAUUACAAAGUCAUUGGAUAUUUCAAAAAUAUCAGCAAAAAUGGCUUUUCUACUCAUAUUCUUGCAAUAUUUUAUCAGCUUAUUUUCUUGUUGCGCAUAAGUCGAAAAAUUAAAAAGGAGAAAAGGUGUUGAAGAAAAAUUUUUAUGAAAUACUGCUUAAAAAUUGCUAUUUUCUUCCUCUUACACCAAAAAAAAAAACAUGACUCUCUUCUCAUCAUCACAAAUCCUUCUUUUCUUCACCUUUUUUUUAUACUCAUCUCUACAAAUAUUCACAUCAAAUCUCACCAAAAGAUUAAAAAAAAAAAUGUCAGUGAAUUUGGAAGAUGAAGGAAUAUUAUUUUGACGAGAUUUUACAAAGUGUGUCUUACUUUACUUUCUAAAUCUUUCCGAAGACGCAAAAGAAAAAGCUUUAUCCCACUUUUUUUUUGUUUUGCCUUUAGUCACAACACAGAAAUUACAAUAUUAUUUCUUUUUCAUCGUCAGAAUAAUUCUCAUCAUUUCUUUAUUACUUCUCAUCCUCUUUUUUCUCAAUUUCCUCCUUCAUUAAAUAUCUGAUAAAAAUACUACACCUACUAAGAGUAAUAGAAAAAAUGAACUUUCUCUCUUUAUCCUUAGAAAAAUUUACUGUUCGCCAAGAAAAUUCCUUCUCGAUAUCAAGACAUCAAAUCGCAGCUUUUGCAGCGCGUGUGAUUAAGAUGAAAACUGAGAGAAAAUUAUAUUCACUUGAUUUCUCAUAUUUUUAUUUAAUUAUUUCCGCAAAAAAUUCUCCACAUAAUUAUAUUCUUUCUUUUUCCUCUGAAAUGAUGUGAUUUUAUGACAUUACUUUCUUACUCACUGUUUUUCUCUUUACUUUGCGCAAUAUGAUUUAUAAGAAUGAUAAGUGUUUUUUCUUCACUUUUUGUUUAUUAUUUCCUACAUUUAAAUAUAGAGACAAAAGAAACAGCUAAAGAACGCGGGCUGUUGUUGAGAAGAAGAGAAGAAAAACAUUGAGGUGUGCUUGCGAGAAAAAUCAAAUAUACAAAAGAUUUUACCAUUUAGAGAGUAAAAAUAGAGUUAAAAAAACAUAGGCAAUUUUUUUAUAUAAUUGUAAAACAAAAAAAGACAAAAUGCAUAAAAGCCAGUUCUCAUCAGUAAAACUAAUUAAUUGCAAGAAAAUUACUAUUUCUCAAUUUCUUUUUGUUUAGUUUAAUUACAAAUGUCAACGCAUCUUCAAAUAUCAUUUUUUUUUUCAUGCCAUUCCAUGUUAGAAGAACUAAAAAAAGCCAAAGACUUCAGAAAUUCCUGUUGAAAAGGUAAGACAAAUAGUUAACAUAAUGAUCUUUUUAUUUCUCGCUACAUUUUUCCACUGGAUUUUUUUUUCACCCUUCUUGAAUAAUCGCAAAAAGAACAUAUUCAAAAUAUUCUAUUUUAAAUUUUGUAAUAAAAAAAAAAGUGCAGCUAAAACGCAAAGUAUUGAAUUUAUUCCUUACUUCUCUUCCAUUAUUUUUCUUCUUCUUUAUAUCAUUAUCCUUUUAUAGCUGUUUUUAUCUUGUUUCCAUCAUUCUUUUUUCUUCAUCAAUUUUUAUAUAAUUUUAAUUUCCACUUCUUUAAUAAUUAUUAAUUCUUAUACAAAUUAAUGCCGAA